AUGUUUCUGGAAAGUCACUUAGAAUCCGACGAGGAGAAGAACGCUUCUUUUCGACUUUAUUUUUCUUUAUCGAAUAUAUUACGAAGGGUUACACUUAAUUCAGUCCCCUUCCCUCCCUCUCUCUAUCAGCAUCUUAAUUACACUUUGUUUUAUUUUCCUUCUCUUUCCCUAGCCUUCUCAUAUUUUUCACCAUCGUUUAUUUCUUUUUCUUUUUUUCCUUUUCUAUUUUUUGUUUUCAUCUUCUUUUUUUCUUUCUCCUUGAUUCUCUCAACGUUAGUGUCUUUCUUUAUCGAAUAUAUUGCGAUGUGUUACACUUCAUUCAGCCCCUUUCUUACCUUAUCUCUCUCUCAGGAUCUUAUUUGUUUUCCUUUCCUUCUCUGUUUCUCUAGCGUUCUCACUUUUCAUCAUUAUUUUUUUUCUUUUUCAUUUCAUGUUUUCUAUUUUUCUUCGCUGUCUCUCGUUUCCUUUAUUUUCCUCCUUUUUCCCUUUUUUCCUUAUAUAUUCUGUUCUUUAUCCGUUUUUCUCUUUCUUUCUUUUUCUUUCGUUCACUUUUCUUUGCUUAUCUACUUUUACUUUCGAUUUUUUUUGCUUCUCGUUUUCUUUUCUUCUCCUUUUGUCUUUCACCCACUUUUAUUCUCUUUUCUUCUAUUUUUUUCCUUGUUGCUAUUCUUCAAUGUUUUCUUUUUUUUCAAUAUUGUUUUAAUAUUAUUUUCUUUCAGUUUUAUUCUUCCAGUUGCUAUUUCUUCAUUAUCUCCUUCUUAUUUUCUUUCAAUUUUCUUAAUUUUUCCCUGUUUAUAUAUAUUCUUUAAUUUUUCUCUUCUUUUUUUUUUUUUUCAAUAA